UACUGCUUUCCAUUGCAGCCUCCAUGUUCGUGAACGAGAGCUACGUGACUCCCGCAGCGCCGUCGUGUAGCCGCCCUAGCUCGCUCUGACAACGUUGCCGUGGCAACCCCCUCACAUCAUCAUCCUCCUCUGAUCUCGCGCACGCACACACACCCACGCCGCACGCAACAACCCGAGCGGUAUUCCCGCCGCGCCCCUUCUUGCGGCGCCUGAUGAAUAAUCCAUGUGGAGGCAGUUGAGCAGCGGGAGUGCAGGGAAUGCCGGCCGGGAAGGAAUGCCAUGUGCGUAUGGGGAUCAUCUGCUCGUCGCGUAUUCCUGCAUAAUGGACUUCUGUACUGCAUCCAGCACUUGGACGCCGACAUAUGUGGAAUGUGAUCUUUCUGACUUCUUUGGUUUGAAUGCCAUCAUGAUCAAGGUGAUGUUCGAGACGUGAGGAACGCCGAGGGGGAGGACACCACGUUCGACAGAAUGCGUGUACUAGCAUUUACUAUACUUCCCCUUGCGCCCUAAACGCUGCGUGACACCUUUUCCGAGAAGGACUCUCCCUUCAUCCCGCUGGAGGACUUUUUAAGAUCAGGAAAGACACCUCUCUGCUUGUAGCCAUGUUCUGCUUCUGCUUCCAGAGCCCCUCCCUCAAGCUACAAGCCCUGGAGGCUGAUUUUAGUCCCCCGGACCCAGAGCACGAAGACCCCCGAGAGCAGAAGAACCUGCCGGCCCACCAGCAAUCUCUUUUGAGCAGGCAGCCAAGCCUGCGUUUGGACCACAAGCCGCUUCUCCACUCGCCUCCGACAACGCCAGCUCAGGACACGGUUGACUCAUCACAGCACAAUUGUUGAACAAAGAUUCCAACAAACGAAAGAAGAACCUGAAGGGAAAAUAUGACGAGUUAUGUCUUCCAUUCCACAAGAGCUCAUGGUAAUAUCUAACAGAAUUCGUGGGCAGCUCGAGAAGCUGGUCGCGUAUUCUGGUGCCCGUAUCAAAUUUCAAGUAACUUUUCAAUCACCUUGCAUUUGAAAUACUCUUACUUGUAACUCCUAAUGUAUUGUAGAUACCGUUGUCAUGGCAGCAGUAAAAACACAUUCUGAGGACUUGGCUGACAGAAGGUGGCCAGUUCAAGUCCCAAUGGCCCUAAAUACCUGCCCCAUCCCAGGACUCUUCGUGUGCUCCCGCUCCGUCCACCGCCUUCCCCUCCUGAGGGAGCCCCCGGAAAUGAGGACCCACCACCCAGCUCUCCGGACAGUCCUCCCCUGCUUUCCACUUUCACCACCAGCGAGUGUCCCGUCCCGUCGCCUCGUUGCCCCAACCUGAGCAGCAGCCUACGCUACAACCUGGACCCCGACACAGCCCCGUCGCCGCCUUGCUCGCAGCACAUCCGCAUGGCACGCUGCGGUGUCCGUGCAGAACCAGACGACUGCUCCUUGUCCGUGUCCGUGUUGAAGAGACACGUUCAGACCUUGAGGAAGAGGAUCAGACAGCUGGAGGAGCAUUUUGAGCAGGAGAGGCUCAAGCCUUCCUAUUAUGACAAGAACGCACAUCCGGAGGUCGCCAGACUGAUCAAGGAGCUCCUGAAGAGCCGCAAGCAGUUGAAAGACCUCAAGUUGUGUCAUGCCGAGGAAGGCGACUCGAAAGGAGCUUUAAACCCUCCACUGGAAAGGACCAAUCAGGGUGAGGCCGCACUUUCGGGGCUCGAGUUUCAACAAGUGAACAACAACAGCAACGCCAAGCCAAGUGUGGAGGAAACGGUCCACGUCAUGACCAAAAGACUGACCGAGAGCCGGCGAGAGCUCAGCCUGCCCGACAGCAUCAAGGAGAUGAACCAUUCCCAGAUUAGCAUGGAGAAGUCCAGCCUGCAGAAGUGCUUGCUCUACUUUGAGAGUCUGCAUGGACGCCCGAGUAGCGUGAGCGAGCGGAUUCUGGUCAAACCUUUCUACGAGCGCUACCACAUCCUCAAACAGCUGCUACGUUCCUCCAAUACUUGCACACUCAUUACCACCAUUGAGGAAGAGGAGGGCUCCGAUGACGAUCAGCCCAAAGAGCAAAACCCGAGACAGCAGUGCGUGUCGUCAGGGGGGCCGCCGCCCCCUCCCACCUCGGAAACGUCCGACACGCCCCUGGUGUCGCCUUUGGAAGAAGUCAAGUGUCUCCAGCCGCAGCUUGUCACCAUGGCAACACUCCACGAGGCUUCCAGAUCAGAAUUAUUGGAUCAUCUUCGGAUCACCCGUUUGGAAAAACGGAGGCUUCAUCGAGCACUGCGGGAGUUUGAGGACCUUUUCUACACCCUGAGUGGCAGGGUCUGUCAGAAGGAGGACCGCGGACCCAUGGCGGAGGAGUACUGCCAGUACAAGAACCUCAAAGCCAAACUCCGCCUGCUCGAGGCCCUGCUCAGCAAAAAGCAGGACACGGCCAAGAGCAACUGAGCUUCUCACAG